AUGUCCGCAGAUCUGCUAGCAGAGUUUGGUCAGGCGCCUGCUCCAGACAAUAGGUCCAGACAGCAGCAAUCGCAACACCAGAAAGACCCAUUCUUUGAUGCCGACGAUAGCAUCGAUUUCUUCGGGUCAUCGGGAAGUGUGCAGCACAACAAACGUCCCAAUCCGACCCAGGGAACACCCAGUCAAUUUGCAAUUCCGGCAGCUUCAUGGCAGGGCUCUGGUCAUCGGGGAUUUGACCUUCCCUUGAAUCCACAUAGCGACGUAUUAUUUGAUGCAGAAUUUGACACACCAGCAAGUGAUGCAGACGACUGGGGUGAAUUUGAGGGGCCUGAUUCAAACACUCUACAUGCGCAACCAACAGCUCUUCAGCAACCAGCAACAGUUACGUUGCCCAAAACAGAGCCUCGGCGAGAUGAUCCACAGGUUUCUAGGACAAUUGACUUGCUAGAUUCACUCUCAAUGCAAGACUCCGCACCAGUUGUGGAACAUCCGAAAAUUGCCAAGAACCAACACAAACCUAAUAAUCAAGACCAGCCGACAUGGGAGGAUGAUUCGUUUGGUGACUGGGGCGAUUUUGCCGAUGUGUCUGCUAGCCAACCUCCCCCCAAGGUCUCUAAGAAAAAAGCGAACCCACCUACAAGACCGCCUGUCAAACCCAAUAAGCCGGCUGUGUCAACCUGGGAUGACGAAGCCUUUGACGACUGGGGUGAUUUUUCAGAUGGGCCUAGUGUGAAACCUGUGCUCAAAUCCAAACCCUCACCACCGACGGCUCCUAGCCCAGCUCCUCGUAGCUCUGUUUCCGGGACCACAACCCCCGCAGCCACCGUCCGUCCAACAAAUAUCCCACCGCCAUCGGUCCUUCUCGAGUUAUUCUUGGAUGUGUUUGAGAAUCUUCAGAAAGAGGCUGCACUCGCAAAAUCCCAACUGCGAUCCUCAACUCCGUCAUCCUCAAACACCAUUUCAACAACAGCUUUAAAUAUUCACAAUAUACUUCAAUCGGCCGCUCGCGUAAUUGCAGGGCGAAGUCUCCGGUGGAAACGUGAUACAAUCCUUAGUCAAAGCAUGCGAAUCGGCCCUGCCCGUUCCGGCAAAGCCGGUGGUAUGAAACUUAACAGCGUGAACAAGCAAGAAAGCAUCAAAGAAGAACAAGACGCUGUUGACGUGCUUACUACUUGGCGAGAACGGGCGGCUAUGUUCAAUGUUGUUCUACAAGCCGCAGGUCAGCGGCCAAUCCCUACAGUUCCAGACCCUAAUGCGCUCAAAGUUAUUACGGCGCGGGCGGACCAGGGCGCAUUGAAGGCUUCUCACCCAUGUGCACUCUGUUCACUUAAGAGAGAUGAGCGGGUUUUACGGGUGGAUGAGCAAAGUGUUCAAGAUAGCUUCGGAGAGUGGUGGACUGAGCAUUGGGGUCACACAGCAUGCAGGCGAUUUUGGGAGACGAAUCGAAAUCUGCUUGGGCAGCGUUAA